AUAGUUUUGCAUCAACCCAGUCUACCUUACUUCUGCUGGGUGAGCCAGUGACUUAUUUCUGGUUCCCAGCACGAUCGAUAGUCUUCUGGCUGCUAGAGCCUGUGACCUGCAGUGGUUCUGUUUGUUCGUAGUACAUUGUCACUACCACGCCGCCUCCAUGGUUGAAAGCAUGAACUAAUCUCUAACAGCUCUCGCCUUGAGUUCUACAGCUUUUCCUGGUUCUGUCACCAACCUCGUGUCUAGACUAUGAAAGAAAGCUUCCGGUAGUUUACCUGUAACUCUCUCAGCCGCAUUCACAUUCAUUCUGCGCAGCGCCGCAUUUUUUUUAUGAUGACAGAUCUUAGAAUAUUAACCGUUGCCGGGUCCCACUAGUAGCACAUCUACGACCAGCAUGGCAGCUCUGUCGCAGGAAUCGGCACCGCACUCGAGAACAAUCGACUAUGGCAGGUCGACUUCGAUGAAUCGGAGAAAAGGCGCGGGGAAAGGCGACUUAGCGAAGCUGAUAUGGUGUUUCAUCGGCGUGGUCGGCACGCUCAUCAUCUACGGCAUUGGCCAGGAGCGGAUAAUGAAGUUUCCGUAUGGCGACAGGGAUGAGGACUCGGAGUACUUCCAGCACUCGCUCUUCAUCGUGCUCUGUAACCGCCUCAUGACGCUGUCCGUGGCCGUCGUCGUGCACCUGGUGACAGGCGCGUCCUUGGCUCUGGUGGCUCCUAUUUACGCCUACGGCGCUGUUUCUCUCUCCAACGUCAUCUCCUCCGGAUGCCAAUACGAGGCUCUCAAGUACGUGAGCUUCCCCCUGCAAACCAUUGCCAAGUCAUCCCGCAUGGUGCCAGUCUUGAUCUGGGGAACGCUGAUCUCCCGCAAGCAGUACAAGCCGCGGGAGUACAUCAUUGCCAUCACCAUCAUCCUCGGCUCCUGCCUCUUCUUCCUCAACGUGAUGUCAAGACUGCACGCACCAGUGUGAAGAGCACAUUUACUGGCCUCAUGCUCAUGCUCGGAUACCUGGGCUUUGACGGGUUCACCAACACGUUUCAGGACAAGCUGUUUGAGGGCUAUGACAUGCCCGCAGCCAACCAGGUGCUCUACAUCACGCUCUGCUCCUCAGUCAUCAGUCUAGUGGGUCUGCGCCAGGACUUAGCAGUGGCCAUCUCAUUCAUCAUGCGCCACCCUGACUGUGCUCUCCACAUCACAGUCCUCUCAGUGGCAGCCACCAUAAGUCAGUUCUUCAUCUCCUACACCAUCAAGACCUUUGGCGCUCUCACCUUUGCCACCAUCAUGACCACGCGCCAGCUUCUCAGUAUAGUAUUGUCAUCCACAGUGUACGGACCUCCACUCUCCUCCACACAACUAGUCGGCACAGUGGUGGUCUUCAGCGCACUCUACUACAAGAGCUGGUAUGCUGUCACAAGAGCAGCAGCAGCCAGCCAAUCAGCUUCCAGCAGCAGCAGUGGCGGCAUUGGCAGCAGUAGCAAUCUAUUAGCCACACCCCCUGGGAGCAACACCACACCCACCUCAGCCUCCAACCAUUCCCAAUCCUCUGGUGGUGGUAUAGAAAUGAGUGCCAGUGCCAGUGCCAGUGGGGGAAAGGAUCAAGAGAAGCUGGGAGUUGCCAUCACCCCGCCUUCUAGGGACCUAGUUAGCCCGUCGUCUGGGUCGUUGUUCAGAGUGAUUAAGAACAGGUUGAGUGGAGGGGGUAGUAGCGGCGGGAUAAGGGAAGAAGAAUCGCCUCUCAUGGGUGGGAGGGAUGGGGAAGGUGGGAGUGGGGCAGGCUCAUCUGACAAGUUGUGACAUGGUGAGGAACGAACAUAUUGACAUUUUGUCAGCAAAUGAUUUUAAGUGAAGAAGUGUAUAAAACUUUGCGUUGGGC